AUGCAGUGGCCAUUUUCGAAGAUGGGUGGUUCAUCUAUUUUAUCUUUCCGUGGCGUUCAAGAGGAGAGAAGGACCACCGGCACAGAUUCUCGUGCAUCAAAUCUUUCCCCGGCCAUGAAAUCUACAGAGGCUUUCGACUUGGCACAGAAAAACAUUUUUGGUGAAAAUCAAGGUGGAGUUCGGCACACAAUGUCGACCUAUCCAUCUAUGCACCACGACUCGUAUGCCUUGCAUCGUCCGGUCACUAAUCAAACGAGCCUGACUAUGUCACCUGCCUCAACAACUUCUAGUUACCAGUCAGUAAUUCCUACUUCCAGGCAGAACCUCAUUAACUCGCAGCCUCUUUCAGUAACUCCAUUCACGAACCCUGUGCCAGCCGUGCCUUCUAACAGCCCUGUUGUGGGGACCACAGAUUUGAGGAAUGCUACGAGUUCUGGGGCUCAGUUGACCAUCUUUUACAAUGGAUCAGUGUGCGUCUAUGACAAUGUUGCUCCCGAGAAGGCUCAGGCUAUUAUGCUAUUGGCCGGUAAUGGGCCUCCGGCGACACCCAGUACAACACCACCUCCCCCUCCGGUCCAAAAAUCCAUUCCUCCGGCGACACCCAGUACAACACCGCCUCCCCCUCCGGUCCAAAAAACCAUUCCGAUGCAUAAUGUUGUUGACAGGUUUUUUAUGGGCCAGCCUUACUGCCCGCCACCAAAUCGCUCAAGCCCGGUUCCUGUUAACCCAAUUAGUGUUGCGAGGCCUGUUGUACGACCCAUUAGUGUCAACAAUGAUGCUAGUGUGGCAAAGCCAUCAGCUGUAACUAUAGUACCUUCUUCGCCAAACCCCGAGCCUGUGAAAGUAGUAAAUUCAAUAGCAUCUAUUGCUUCAACUACCAUUACACCAGACGCCGUGCCUCAGUUCCGCCGAAAAUCAUUGGCUAGAUUUUUGGAAAAGCGCAAAGAAAGGGUGGUAUGUGCAAGUCCCUACGGUGAGAAGCCAGAGAAGCCAGAUUGCAAUAAACCUGGAGCUGGACAACUGAAGUUGUGA